GAAUUUUUUUAACAUUUAUCUGUUGCACCAAAAAAAACUUAAGUUCAGGUUUCUAGCAAAGUACAAGCUUCGACCAAAGUACAAGCCACGCUAGCUAUAUAAGUCACCCACUAGAAAACAUCUCUUCUCCGUCUCACCCUUUUACUACUUUCUGAGUCUUUUUUUUAUUCUUUAAUCAUCUUAAGUAAAAAUGGGAGGAAGUAAGAUGCCAGAAGUUUAUGACAUCAACGUGGAAGCCGCUCUUGCUAUUGUCAACACCAAUGUCCGAACUGAAGCACCGAUUGUGUCUUCUUACAAUGACCGGAUCAGGCCGUUGCUUGACACAGUGGAUCGGCUGAGGAACCUGAAUGUGAUGAAAGAAGGGAUCCAGCUUCCCACCAUUGUGGUUGUUGGAGACCAGUCCUCAGGAAAAUCCAGUGUUCUUGAGUCCUUGGCAGGAAUCAGUUUGCCUCGUGGGCAAGGAAUAUGCACUAGGGUUCCUCUUGUGAUGAGACUACAGAAAAGCCCUAGCCCUGAACCUGAGAUCUGGCUUGAGUUCGGUGACAAAAGAGUUGACACUGACGAGGAGCAUAUUGCCGAAUCUAUUUGCACCGCAACUGAGGCAAUUGCUGGAUCUGGUAAAGGUGUCUCAGACACUCCCCUGACCCUCCAUGUAAAAAAAGAAGGUGUUCCUGAUCUGACAAUGGUUGAUCUCCCCGGAAUAACCCGGGUUCCUGUGAACGGGCAGCCUGAAAACAUUUAUGAGCAGAUCUCCGGGAUGAUUAUGAAGUACAUCGAGCCACAAGAAUCCAUCAUUCUCAACGUCCUGUCAGCUACAGUCGACUUCACCACCUGCGAAUCCAUCCGUAUGUCUAGGCAAGUUGACAAAACAGGGGAAAGGACACUAGCGGUUGUCACAAAAGCCGACAUGGCUCCUGACGGUCUCCUGCAGAAAGUAACGGUAGACGAUGUGAAUAUUGGACUAGGUUACGUCUGUGUCAGGAACCGUGUAGGGGAAGAAACCUACAAAGAAGCUAGGUUGAAGGAAGAGUUACUUUUCAAUACUCAUCCGCUGCUUUGCAUGAUCGACCACGACAUUGUUGGCAUCCCUGUUUUAGCUCAAAAGUUAAUUCAAAUCCAGGCAACGAUGAUUGGCCGUUGUUUGCCGGUCAUUGUACAAAAGAUUAACGAGAAGAUGGAAACGAGCGAGUUUGAGUUGAAGAAACUGCCAAUGGUUAUGACAUCUUCAGGGGAAGCUCUGAUGACAUUCAUGAAUAUCGUUGGUUCUGUUAAAGAAAGUCUCCUGAGAAUUCUUGUCCAAGGAGAUUUCUCUGAAUAUCCAGAUGAUCAAAGCAUGCACUCUACUUCUCGUUUGGCUGAUAUGUUGAGGAAAUUCUCGGACAACCUCCAAGCGAAGCCGAAGGCGGUGAACGAGUUCUUGAUGGAUGAAAUCAAAGUCCUGGAAGAGUGCAAAUGCAUCGGAUUGCCUAAUUUCAUCCCAAGAUCAGCCUUCUUGGCUAUUCUUUCACAACGUGUGGAUGGCAUGCACGCUAAGCCGGUCGAGUUCAUCAGAGAGAUAUGGGACUACGUUGAAGUUGUUCUCUCAUCAGUCAUUACCAAAUACUCUGACAACUUCCCACAGAUUCAACCUUCCAUCAAACGUGCGGGUCGAAAUUUAAUAACCAAGAUCAAGGAACAGUCUGUGAAUCGAGUGGUUGAGAUCGUUGAGAUGGAGAAACAGACGGACUACACAUGUAACCCUGAGUACAUGACAGCAUACACACAGAAGAUUGCUAAUCAAGCAAGCUUCAUCAGUCAUGUACAGAGCAAUUAUUCGAACUACGGUGAUGUUGGGAUUUCGCAUCUGAGGGGGGUUAACUCUCAGUUGCUUAGCCAAGCGUUCGACAUGAAUGUGAGGAUUACAGCCUACUGGACCAUCGUGGUAAGAAGGGUUGUUGAUAACAUUGCACUUUACCUUCAGUUCACUGUGAAGAAUCUUGUGAACAGUCAGUUUCAGAAGGAUAUAGUGGCGGAAAUGGUGGAUCCUAGGGGCGGAGGAGAAGUUGAGAGGAUGCUUGAUGAGUCUCCUUCGGUGGCAUGCAAAAGGGAGAAGCUGAAGAAGAGUAUCAAGCUUCUCAAGGAGUCAAAGGACGCUGUUGCGGCCAUUGUUUAUCAGAACUCUGGGUAAGGCCGAUCGUUGAGCUAUAUUGUUUCUUUCUCGUGAAGAUCAUGUGUUUUAGGGUCUUCGAGAAUGUUUCUUUUUUCGGUAUUUUUCAGUUGUGGCUUUUGUGAACUCUUGAACUUUUGGUUUAUCGUUUAUGUUAAGUUUUUAAUUGUUUUA